UGAAGAAGCGGUGGUGAUCGAUGAGGAGGCCACCCAACGGGUUUCUCCAAUUAUUGGUCGGCGGCGCCAACGUCGUUUGACUGCCAAGGCUGCCGAGGCGCUGGAAGAGACCAUUGGGCGUCGCCGACGUCUUUACUUAAGAACUAGUGCCAGUGUGGCACCUGGGGAGGAGGGAGAGGAUGAGGAGCAAGAUGAGCGACCGGCAGACGAGGAUACCGCACCUUCUGCUCUCACCGCUCCAGUGGAUAAAUCACCGUCUUCCCCACGGCACUUAUCACCUACAAAGCCGGCUGCAAAUGCUGAAGUUCAACAGAUGAAGUCUCCGACGAAGAGUGACGGUCCGUCUGCGGAUCACAUAGACUCUGAACGCCAUAUCGAAGAUGCCGCAGUUGCUGAGGAAGUUUCUGCGCGGAAACGCCCAAAGAUAUCCAAACAGCACACGCCGCCAAAGAUAAUAGAAGGGAAGAGGCGUCCGAAAAUAAAUGUACGAAUUAUGAUUUAUGGUUUGUGCACUUUUUCGUACGAGGCGUCAACUACGACAUCCGGACACCGAAGACGCAGUCCUGACCGGCAACGUCUGCGACCAGAGUCGGAGCGCUUGAGUCAACGUAUCAAGAAUCGCGCCCUCAAAUCCACACGAAGUGAUAAGUCGCGGUAUGCAGACAGCAAAGCCUCCACCAAUUCAGUUCAUUCCGCUGAUAAGGGCAGACGGGGUCCGCGUGUUAAGCAAGUCGGUCGUAAAUCCAUCGCAAACUCAAACUAUGAGAAAACCAUGUCUGCAAUGGUGCAUGCGGCCAAACUCGCUGCCGUUGGCGCGCAAACCCAAGGCGGUGCCAGUCCUCUCCUAGCAGCAUCUGCAGCCACCGCAGGUGCACAGAGGGUUGCCCGUAACUACAAACUAGGCCACCUGUCUCGCAGCCACUCAUCAGAAUGGCACUCAGACGCCAGCAGUGACGCAACAAGGCCUACCUCAAAUAACAGCCUCAGUCCGGCCAACACUUCCGCUGGCGACUGUGGUCACUGUGCCGCUUGUCGAGGUCUGGUGCAGCCAUGCGGUCGAUGCAGUGACUGCCGUUCUGCUUCGCUCACCAGUGAAUCCCGCACUCCCAGUACCCCCCAAUUAGAGGUCUUCGCUGAUGCACCCGUCCGUUCGCUGCGCGGCGGAGAUUUAGGCAUGCAUUUCGCUCCUGAUCUUGGAUCCAAUCACCAGGAGGAUGAACGUGGUACUGUUCGACCCGUUGAUGGGGAGGUGAUUGACUUGGAUCUAGCACACUGUGGCGGUUACCCCGUCAUCACGACAACAAAAUCAGCUCCACCGAAGGAACUUUGCUAUGCUUGUGGCAGUGGCGGAGGCCAGCUUCUGUUUUGUGUGUCCUGUGCUGAACCCUUCCACUUCUACUGUGUUGAACGUCAGUUCCGUCCACGAAGCAAGGACCACUAUGUUUGCCGUAACUGCACCGCAUGUCGUAGGUGUGGCCAGCUGGCGGCGGAAUUGAAAUGUAUUCGUUGCUCUCACGGUUUCCAUCCGAGCUGCCUUCCCAACUACGCCCCCGCCUUUUCCACCCAGCGAGGCAAAUGGGUGUGCCCUGACUGCACUCACUGUCUUCACUGUUUAGUGAAGCCAACCGAUUUGACGGUUGCUAAGCAACGCACCGGGGAUUUUUCGGCCACUAUGGUGCCCUGGUCAAGUGAUAUCUCCAAGUGCGCCGAUUGCAGUGAUGCUGAGGCCAACGGUCAAAUCUGCCCAGAAUGCAAUCGGGCCUACUUGCGUGAUACGUUGGAAAUGGUUCAAUGUGACUCUUGCCGGCUGUGGCGCCAUCGCGCCUGCGCAAAGCUCACUGUGGAUCAAUACGAACUGAUUGCUCAGUUAUCUCCCAGUCAACUGAGGCCCUUCACCAUCUACUGUUCCAAGUGCAAGGAGAAGACAGUAAUGCGUGCGCAAGAGACUCGUUCAUCAGUCUCUGAGGAGAAAUUGAAUGGAGAUGAGCGACUCCGUUGUCUGGCCAGGGAUACACUGCUGGAACGCAUGGAGAAUCUCGUGCACUCUUGCCGGCGCUCGCCAACCCACGAAGGUGCUGGCAACCCCUCGGCAAGACGAGCUAAUCAAUCAAACGGUCAUCUUGCAAGUGACGGGGGCAGAUUUGAACUACCUCAGACGGUCGUCGUGACGACAACUCACUCGAGUGAUAGCGGUACUUCAACAGAAGAGGAAGAAGAUGCAUUAUCCGGGGACGAAGCUUCUGUGCGGGAUGAUGCCACUGCUGGUGAUGAGCGGUCUGUCAAUGAUGACGCAGACUACGAAGUCUCUGCGACCUCUUCGUCUGUCGGCACCUACCGAGACGGCGACUCCUGUCGUGUACCCGCCUGGGCUGUACGGAUCGAUCUUGAUGCACCUCCAAUGCCUGCUGCUUGGCUUACCGAAGGCGACACCUUCGAGUACUGGACCACUCCGCGGUCACUGGCCUACAGUCUCUUGGCUCGUCUUCUUCAACGGCUCUCCUGCACCGCAACCACCAGUCCAGAAUUCCUUCGUUUGCGACGUCUGCUCCAGUGGCUUGUGUCCUGCGUGGAACGCCUCUUCCCCUGGAUGCCUGCUAGCGAGUGCAUCGAUGAAGUUCGUGAUUUGCUUCGCCAGGCACAUGGUUCUUUGUCAAAGGUGCUUCAGCAUUUGUGCGCCCUUGCCAACAGCGAACUCCACGAGCUUACAUGCCCCAGAAUUUCGGGCCUUUUGGAGGAGACUCAUUCUCGGGCCCUUCAUCGUGGUCCCGAAGCGCACACCGAGGUCACCUACGCCAUCUACGAAACCUGCUGGCAGACCAUAUGUACCCAUCUAACAAGCUGCCAUGCAGAAUGUGGCUGUCCGCCCUCGCCCCACCUACACAAGAUGACCGAUUUAGAGGCCUUUGUUAGUCAUGCAAAUCACGGGCAAGGAUCUGGUACCACCUAUGUUGCCCUGGAGUGUUUUGAUCCGCAUGCUGAAGAGAAGGCAGAAAACUACCGACAGGAAACACGCGACGAGCGCUGGAUCGAACAUUGGUCCACUCUUGAGGAUCGAAUUGCAAUAUCCAACUUCCAGAAGGAACUGUUUCUGCGCUGGCAGCGCAUUCUCAUUCGACAGCGGACUGGUGCAAUUACGAGCCUCUCGUCGCCUGGUACCACAGGCAAGCCAACUAACUCAGUCGAUUCGAGUUGUUUGAAACCCUUCUACUUCGCUCUGCCCGAGUACUGGGAGGCUUUAGAAACCGCCUAUGCACCACGAAUGCAGCCGUUGUCAUCCAUUCCCCGCAAGACCGUCGAUCUGGACGAGAGUGAUGAGGAAUCUGUGCCACUGGAUGCAAGCAAAACGCAUGAUGUGCCCAGUGCUAUUAAAGGCAUCCUUCCCUUGAGCGUCAUUGCUGCGGAGGAGAAGAUGCUCGCCGAUGAUCCUCGCCACUGUCUGCUGUGUGCCAGAAACACUGAUGACAGCAUCGAGGGCCGUCUGCUCUACACCGGUUCGGACACCUGGGUAUGUUUCUUCGUCUCUUCUGUGGUUUAUUCAUGGCGCCCAGGCGGGCUGCGUAGCUAA